CAAGAGCAUCUUGGGGACAUUGAUCACCCACAGGGAGAAACGGAACGGGACCUGCUACUUGGUGUGAAUCUCAGACGGCUGUGAGGCUAACUCAACUGCACAUCAUGUCGCUGAUUGGCUCUUGGAAGGUGGACCGCAAUGAGAACUAUGACAAGUUCAUGGAAAAAAUGGGUGUUAAUAUGGUGAAGAGGAAGCUUGCAGCCCAUGACAAUCUAAAACUGACAAUUACACAAGAUGGAAAUAAAUUCACAAUCAAAGAAUCAAGUGCUUUUAGAACCAUUGAACUAAAUUUUGAACUUGGUGUCAACUUCAAUUACAGCUUGGCAGAUGGGACUGAACUCAGUGGAACCUGGACCAUGGAAGGCACUAAGUUGGUCGGCAAAUUCACACGGGUAGACAAUGGAAAAGAGCUGAAUGCCAUCCGAGAAGUGGUUGGUGAAGAAAUGGUCCAGACUUACACAUAUGAAGGUGUGGAGGCCAAGAGGUUCUUCAAACGCGACUGAGCAGGCUCCAGGGAAUUCUGCCUAGGCAUGGAUCAGAUAGAAGAUCUGUACUUCACACGGAACUGUCUCUCCUCACACAGCAUCAAGUUCACUGACUGAACCUUUCAUAAAUAUUAGCCAGCGGUUUCUAUUUCCAGUAUUGUCAAAACAAAUGCAGUAAAGGCUCAUUCAGAUGAA